AUGGAAACUUUAACAUCACAGCUUCCAACACUUAACAAAUAUAUCAAACGUAUUAAGAGACAACAAACAGAAGAUAAAGAUUGUAACAAAUGGGAUGUUGAGAAACAACUUCCAAAACUUCCAGUGCCAGAUUUAAAUUCAACAUUAGAUAAGUAUUUGCGUUGUCUUCAACCGAUUUUACCAUCGAAAAAGUUUGAACACACAAGAAAACUCGUUGAAGAAUUUCGAAGUCCAAAUGGUAUUGGUCAUCAACUUCAAGAACUAUUACUGAAGUAUGCUUCUGAAACAGAAAAUUGGGUAAGACAAUAUUUCAAAGAUGAAAAUGAUCAACUAAGAUUUGUCUCAAGACUUAUAUGCGGAAUAUUAGAUUAUAAAGUAUUAAUUGAUGCUCGAGAACUACCUGUUGAUCGUGCAACAUCGCGCGAAAAAGGUCAACCACUUUGUAUGGAACAAUAUUACCGUUUAUUUUCAAGUUAUCGUAUACCAGGUGCUGAUAAUGAUCGUCUAUUGUUGACAAAAACAAAAGUAAUACAUGAACCGGAACAUGUUAUUGUUGCCUAUCGAAAUACAUUUUGGGUAUUGGAUGUUGUCGUUAAUUUUACAAGACUUGAUGAAGAUGAUUUAUAUGUAUUAUUAAAACGUAUUGUUCAAAUGGGUGAUGACGAUCCUGUUUCAGAUGAUGUUGGUAUUUUUUCAUCACUUCCACGACGAAUGUGGGGAAAAAUCCGAAUGGAAUUAAUGACUGAUGCCUUAAAUCGUGAUUCAUUGGAUCUCAUUGAACGCUGUAUAUUCCUGGUGUGUUUGGAUAAAGUAGAAAACAAUUGGGAUAUUUACGAUAAUACAUUGGAAUCAAAUGCAGAUGAAUGUACUCUGUUGACUAAAUAUUCUGAAAUUGAACGUAAUAAUCUCUCGUUAGCUGAACAAAUAUUGCAUGGAGGAAAGAAUAUGAUAAAUUGUUGCAAUCGUUGGUAUGAUAAGACAAUGCAGUUCAUUGUUGGUGAAGAUGGAGCAUGUGGAGUGAACUACGAACAUUCACCGUCAGAAGCUAUUGCUGUUAUCCAAUUAAUAGAACAUUUAUUUCGAUAUAUGACUGAAAAAAGCAAAGAGCGUUUUCGUCGAUCAAAAUCUUUAUGUGAGUUGCCAACACCGCAUCGUUUAAAAUGGAAUUUAAAUAAACUACUUCGUAGACAAAUAAAAACUGCUAAAGACACGCUAAGAAGCUCAAUCGAUGAUUUUGAUCUAAAUAUACUUGAGUUUAAUGAUUAUGGUAAAGCAUUUGUCAAAUUACACAACAUGAGCCCCGAUGCAUUUAUUCAAAUGAGUUUACAGUUCACUUACUUCAAAAUGUAUGAUAAACUCGUGUCAACCUAUGAAAGUGCCUCAACCAGACGAUUCUAUUUUGGACGAGUGGAUAACAUUCGAGCUAAUACACCAGAAGUGCUAGAAUGGGCACAAGCAAUGGUGGACGAAGAAAAUAUAAUACCCGCCGCUGAAAAACUACAACUAUUUCGUCGAGCAAUGCAAGCCCAAACAGACCUGAUGAUUCAGAAUAUUCUAGGACAAGGCAUGGAUAAUCACAUGCUGGCAUUAAAACAAAUUGCUCAUAAUCAUCAAAUUCCAAUUCCUGAACUGUUUCUUGACGAAGGUUAUAAAAUGAGUAGUCAUUUUGCACUAUCAACAAGUCAGGUUACAACGAACUUAGCUGAAUCAUUUAUGUGUUAUGGUGCUGUGGUACCAGAUGGUUAUGGUUGUUCAUAUAAUGUUCAUGAUGAUCAGUUUUGCUUCUGUAUAUCAUCAUUUAAAAGCUGUUUAACAACCGACUCCACGCGUUUUGCUGAUGUAUUAACUGAUACAUUAUAUGAAAUUCGUGAUUUAUGUACGUUAGUACAAAAACAACAGACACUAGCAUUAAGACGGCCAUCGUAUGCGUCAAAAAUGGAACUUCCAGUAAUACCAACGUUAAUAACAAGUGCAAGGAACGUCAUAGCAGAAAAUCCAUCAAGGACAGAUAAAUGA